GUGCCAGGAGUGGAGUUCUGCCGACCAGAGACAGAAGAGAAACACGGGUCGCCGAGAUUUCGGGUUUGUUGCUGCGUCCGAACGAACGUCAUGUGACUCCGGCGUCGUCACGUGACUGCGGACGAGACCAAACUUGUUCGUGUUACUCCCGAGAGCGGAACUGGUGUCUGAUGUUGACAGCUCAAUCACCAGGAAAGUUUUUAAAAAAGAAAUUAAAAAAAAAAAAUACGAAGCCAACAGAGUUUAUGCGACCGAAACGUACACGUCUGGUUUUUUUUUUGUUUUGUUUGUUGUUGUCGUUCCAGGUGCAACAAAAUGUGGAUGCUGCGACAAAAAUGUGAAUGAUUUACCCCGGAGAUCAGUAACCUACAGACAGAGCUCACCUGCCAAUUCCUUGCCCCGGUGAUUAUUAAUGAUGUCAGGUGGGAACCUCAUCAGCAAGGUGCGGUCCGCCUUUCGGAGGGAGCGGAGCGACCGGGACCUGAGCGACUCGGCGCCCUUCGACAUGUCCGAUGAGCUGGUGGAGGACGAGGCGCCCAAAUUCAACAAGCUGAAGGUGGUGGUGUCCGGGGAGAUGUCAGACUACUCGGCCGGCGCGGUGUUCACCGCCAACGGGGCGGCGGUGAACACGCUGGUGGUGGCGGGUGAUGACGACGACUCCCUGCUCGACUCCUCUUCGAGCCUCGGCAGCCCGGGGUUGAAUAUGGACCCCUGUGACAACUGUACCAAGAAGAGGGAGAGUAUCAAGCACCGGAAGGUGAUGAAGAGGCUUGUCAUUGCAGCUUUGCUGUAUUUCGUUUUCAUGACAGGUGAAAUUAUAGGUGGUUACCUGUCAAACAGCUUAGCCAUUAUGACUGACGCUGUGCACAUGCUAGCAGAUGUGGUGGGCAUUUUGUUUUCUCUGCUGGCCCUCUGGCUCUCCACCAAGCCACCCACCAAGAGGUUCACUUUUGGAUUGCAUCGCCUGGAGGUGGUAUCGGCAGUCCUCAGUGUGGUCCUCAUCUACAUCCUGACGGCCAUACUGCUCUAUGAGGCGGUUCAGAGGACGGUCAGCCAAGACUUCAACAUAGAUGGAGAUGUCAUGCUCAUCACUGCAGCUGUGGGGGUGGCUGUCAAUCUUAUAAUGGGUUUCCUAUUAAACCAAGGUGGUCACCUCCACUCUCACGGCCACGGUCACUCUCACGGCCAUGGUCACUCUCACGGCUCCGCCGCUGCCUCAGGUUCACAGUCGGCUGGGUCAGGUCAACAGCAGAAGCCGCACGGCAGCCUGGCUGUCAGGGCAGCCUUCAUCCAUGCUCUGGGAGACCUCCUCCAGAGUGUCGGGGUGCUCAUAGCUGCCUACAUUGUCCGCUUCAAGCCGGAUUUAAAGGUGGCAGACCCCAUCUGUACCUAUAUCUUCUCUGUUCUGGUUCUCUUCACCACAUUCCGCAUUAUGCGAGACACAAUAGUCAUUGUGCUGGAGGGUGUUCCCAGGCACCUGGACUCUCAGCGAAUCAAAGAGGACCUCCUGAAGCUGGAGGACGUCCAAUCAGUCGAUGAGCUGAAUGUCUGGGCACUGACCGCCGACAGGACUGCAGCACUAGUGCAUCUCCAGCUCACGCCCUCUAGUGCCAGCAACUGGGAGGACGUCCAGGCGAAGGCCCGCCACCUGUUGCUUAACACCUACGGUCUCACCCAGUGCACAGUGCAGGUGCAGACACACAGGCAGAGGCCGGUGCGCAGUUGUGCGCAGUGCCAGCAGCCCAGUGCCUAAAGAGAGACUCAUGCGCACAUUGACUUCCACUGUGCUUUUUAAUGGAGCCAGAAAGCAGAGAGUACAGUUAACAGAGGGCCUGGAUGGAUGUCGCACUGCUGCCUCAGCUCAGUGCCGUAGCAGGAGCCCCACAGUAUAGGGUAUGUAAGUGGAAAAAGACUGGUGCCAAAGGACAGUCAGUGGAACAAAGGCAGAUGCAAAUUUCUAAUUAAAGGAUCGCCACAGCCUCCAGGGACCGUAUGGUCUUGCGCUCGCAAAGCUUUCGGAGUGGAGGUUGAAUGCUUCAGCUAGGAACAAUGAAAAAACUUCUCUUAAUUCACCGUCAAAGCCUAUUUCAGCAGGUAACUUUUUUGUAUUUUACUUGAUUUGUCACAACUGAUGUUUAGUCAUCAGAUGUAAAUUGAACUUUUUGUUAAUAGGUGGGAAGAUGGAAAUCCUAAGAUUGUAUUACUUUACUAAGUAUGUCAGCAAAUGAAAAAGGUACCUCAUGUCAUUUGGUAAUAACUGUGGUCACAGUGCAUAUAAGCUGUACUCCUCACCACUGGCAUAAGUGAGGCAAAAAACCUUUAUCAUUUUGUCCCUUUAGUAGACUUUACACUUGAUCAGACGCACUUAAUCAUUAUUACUCUUCAGCCAAAGUCUGUUGUAAGGCAGAUUUUUUAAAAGACACCAACCUUAGAUAUUCUUAAAGUAGUCUAUAUCGACUGUACUGACCAACAACAAAAAUAACUCGACGUUUUUGACACUGAUAUUUGACUCUAGCAUGUCUCUUAAUUCAUUGUGCUCAGCAGGCAACUGACAAUCAAACUGUGUCUGAUGUUUGAAUAAUCGUAAAUGCUACAGUGGCUGUACCGCCUUCGGUGUGGUUUCAGCCUAACACUAUACUCCACUUUUUUUUUCAUAGUAUUGACUGACAGUGUCACAAUGCAGACGGGUUUGUGAAAUCGACGGUAUUUCAGAGUUGCAGUGUUUUGAGGGGCGGAAGGUGGUAAUUGAAAUUUGCCAAGGUGAUGAUAGUGUCUUCUCUGUCAAGUGUUGAGAGGCUGUGGGGGGGGGGUUUAUUGCAAACCUUUCCACGUCUCUGAUGUUAUUCAUCAAGGGAAGUCAGGAACUGGAUCACUGUUUUUGUUUGUAAUAAAAUACUUAAUCUUU